GUUUAUUUUGCUGUACACCAACCUAACCUAUAUCGCUUCACUGAAACUUGACCCAAGGUUCAAACGUUAACAAGGAUUUUUUGAGAUAUAAUUAUGAACUUAUCGAAAAACUAAAGUCCAAUUACAAAACGCUAUCAUGCAUUUAGAUAAGUUCACUUGAAUUUGGUUACUUUUUCAGGGGGUGUCAACACACGGAAUGACAACGAUUUCUGGUUUGGUGAGAAGUGUUUUCCAGCUGGGCCCCCGGGGUUUUAUAAGGCAGAGGCUGAAAUUACCCCUCAUCAAAUUUAUUCAUGAUACCGUUAGUAUUUAUAAAAGCCGAACGCAAACGGGAGUAAACAACGUUAAAGAUGUGUUAAUAAAGGGCACUAUUAUAGCUUUAAUUACAUCAAUACUAGUAUGGCUUUCGAUUCUCAUGUAUAUGGCAUUUUAUUAUGUAUAUGUGCCUAGCCUUAAACAUGAACGACCGGUAUUUCUGAAAUUCAAACCUUGUGGGGCAACCUAUGAUUGCAAAGAGAAGCCCGGUAUGUGCACUUUUCCUGCCGCCCAUGUGCAGUUAACUUCAAAACAGCAAAUUCUUAUGAUGGGACAACCUUAUAAAGUGCAUUUAGAGCUGGAAAUGCCGGAAUCUCCAGUGAACAGAGAAUUAGGCAUGUUUAUGGUUUGUGUCGAUUUCAAAUCGCACGAUGGGUCAACGUUGGCCAACUCCUGCAGGUCUACAAUGCUGCACUACAAAAGCAUCUUUCUAGAUACGUUAUAUAAAGUCGUUUUUAUGCCGUUUUUUAUUUUCGGAUCUAGUGAAGAAAAGCAGAUAGUCCAUGUAGAGUUGUUUUCCGACUACGAGGAAUCACAGUAUAAGCCAGUCACUGAUAUUUACGUGGAAGUGCAAUCAAAACGCAUAGAAAUUUAUUCAGCUAAAUUUUCAGUAAAUGCGGAAUUUUCGGGGCUGAGAUAUGUCAUGUUCAACUGGCCAGUUUUAUCUGCCGCUCUAGGAAUAACAGCUAAUUUAUUUUUUAUUGCUCUGUCCUGCCUAAUGAGCUGGUAUCAGCUGAUCAAUUCAGAAGAAUAUCGCAGCUACAUUGACUCCGAUAAAAGCCUGAAUGUGUUACUUGAAUCUGAUUCUGAUACAUCUAACACGGAUGAAGAUGAAUCCAGUUCCCCCACACUCAGGAAACGGGGAAAAGUGGAAAUUGAACAACUGCAUUAAAACAGUUCUUAUUGAUCGGAUAAAGAAAAGUCAAAUAAGGACAAUAGCCAAUCGUCGUAACUAUUUUCCUCAAUCAUACCUCGGUCCUCAUCCUACAGUUUGACCGAUUUUGCCUCUUGAAACGACUCAAUCAUAAGCAUGCGGGAGUUAAAAAUACUCCAAAAGCGUAUAAGCUUUUAGACUCCCAUCUAGAUUAGCAACUGAAAAACUUUAGUUAGCUUUAUUUUUGCAAUGGACUUGCUUCAGUCCAUUAUAGACAAGGUAUUUUUGUUAUUUAAUUUUAAUAAACAGACUGGUUCAACUAAUGUGUGUUGGUUUAUAUAAUAUAAAUAUUACAAACAAUGUUCAUCAUUUGCAAUAAAGUAUUCUCGCAGUUUGUUUCAAA